UUUGCAGGUAUUAAAGAUCACCCAUAUUCUCUGUCCUGGAAUGAGAUUCAGCAUCUCAGGAAACAAAGUCAUUUUGACCAAGCAGAAAUAGAAGCACUGGUAGAACAGUUUAAGACACUGGCAACAGAGAAAGCAGGAAUUACCCGUGAAGUGUUCGACAAGUGUCUUGGUCCUCUUGGACAACACAAGAACUUAGUCAUGGAUCAGAUGUUUAAAUUUUAUGACCAAAAUGGUGAUGGUCUUAUUGACAUUGAUGAGUUUGUCAUUGGGCUUUCUAUUCUUGUCAAAGGCAGUGAGAAAGAGAAGAUCCCCUAUGCUUUUGCUGGCUGUGACAUUGAGAACAAGGGUUAUAUUUCCAAGGAGAAUUUAAGAAGUAUGUUUAAGGCAUACUUUGAGAUUAGUCUUGAGUUGGUACGUGAUGUUGUGAGGUCAUGUGAAGAGGAAAUGAUGGCUUCCUUCGAUGACUCUGCCGACAAACCAGUGUCUUCAGUGUUCAAUGCACCCAUUCCUAGCGACUCAGGUCCAUCAACGUCAACUGGGAAACCAGCCAUGGUUCUAAAUAAUCCCGGAAAUACGAGUGCUCAAGGAAUUGACAGAAGAUGGCCAAUCAUGGAAGCAAUGUCACAGGAUGCCAUUGAUGAGAUGGUGAACAAUGUAUUUCAGUGUGCUGAUACUGACAAGGAUGGCAAGAUCUCCUUUGAGGAAUUUGAAGCUUGGGCUGCAAAUGAUAACACUAUUCUUGCCUGGUUUGAAGCACUUGGUACUAUUUUUUAA